AGCAGUCCUGCAACCGCUUCGCACGAGGCAUCCACAGCAGGAAUUCCUCCGCGCGCGCUUUCAGCGAUGUCCUGCAAACUUUUCCAAAGUUUUCGUUCGGAGUUUCCGAACUAGUGCUCGCAAUGGACGAUUACUACGUCAAUAACUUCACCGUGGAGUGCACCGAGGAGGUGAUGGGCCCGAAGAGGGAUAGUUUGUACAUCGUUGUCCCUAUUAUCGUCAUCUACGGCGUUAUUUUCCUCACUGGGACCAUCGGCAACAUCAGCACCUGCAUCGUCAUCUCCAAGAACAAGACCAUGCACACGGCCACCAACUACUACCUCUUCAGCUUGGCCAUUUCCGACCUUUUGCUGCUGGUGUCCGGCCUGCCCCAGGAGAUCUAUCUCAUUUACUCGCGCUACCCUUACAUCUUCGGGAGCGUCUUCUGCUUCCUGCGGGGGAUGUUUGCGGAGACGAGCGCCAACGCCACGGUGCUGACCAUCACCGCGUUCACAGUCGAGCGCUACUUGGCCAUUUGCCACCCCUUUCUCUCCCACACCAUGUCCAAGCUUUCCAGGGCUGUUAAGAUCAUCCUGGUCAUCUGGCUGGUGGCCGUGGGGCUGGCAGUGCCCCAGGCCAUGCAGUUCGAACUAGUCGGACCUACAGAUUGUGAACAGUGCGCUUUUGUGAAACCCAUCAUCCAGCAUUCGUUCGAAAUCUCCACUUUGCUGUUCUUCGUGCUGCCGAUGAGUCUCAUCACCGUGUUGUACAUUCUCAUUGGACAGAAGCUGAAGUCGUCCACGAUGAUGAAGAAGAGGAAUGUCUUCGGGAACGCAGCCACUUCCAGGGUACACACGAAAUCGUCGAGGAAAGUUGUUAAAAUGUUAGUUGCUGUCGUGGUGGCGUUCUUUAUCUGUUGGGCUCCUUUCCAUGCCCAGAGGUUGUACAGUCUCUACUCAAUGAAGUUCGAAGGACUAAAUCAUUCCGUCUAUUUGAAGAUAUACGAAAUUGUCACAUACAUAAGUGGGAUCCUGUAUUACAUCUCAGCGACAAUAAAUCCAAUCUUGUACAAUAUCAUGUCUGUAAAGUUUCGUGAGGCUUUUAGGGAAACGUUCUCACGGUGCUGCUGCUUCUACCAGUUCAAGGCCAACCGACCCCAAAGAUCCUAUUCAGUUCUCUCCAGGUCCGCCCAACGAGGUCCAGAUUCUACAGACUCAGGGAGGGAUGACCCUAGUCUACAGUCGCACACCUCCGUUACCCAAAAAACAUCCCUAGAAUCCUACAACGGAGUUGUGCAUUCGGGACUGAGAAGAAAUAAAACCUUUUCGACCUUCCGUGGCGCCGACAUCGAGGAGGAGGCCCCAGCCGACGCCCCCUGGCUCAAAGACAUGCCCGACGCCAAGUCCACCUCCGAGCCCACCACCCCCAAGUUCAUAUCGAUUCACCUCAACGCCGCCACGCCGCCCCACAAAAUCGGCCGCUUCUGGCAGUACUUCGAGUGUCUGGCCAAGAGGACGUUGGACGACAGCAAACGCCUCUCGGCUUACUACACCUCCCCGGCCAGAGAGCCCAGCAUUCUGAUGGAACUCAAAAGCAGCCCCAAGAAGGGCCAAGGCCGCUGCAUCAGCCCCUGCGACAUCAGCAACAGCAGUCUGAGGGACGUUGAAAACGGGGCCAUCGAGGACGAACUGACCACUUACAUGAAGGAAGUGAAGCGGAGGGAGAUCUACAGCUAGCAGAGGUUGUACAACGAGAUCAAGUUGGCGAAAAGGGAAUUAUGAUUUUUUGGAAAAAUUCUAAAUGUUUCGUAGGUGUUUUAAUGUGAUAAGUGUUUUAGAUGACACAACGAGCCCAAUUUUUUUAUAUACAUACAUAGAUGCUUGCACACCUACUGUCACUUGAUUUUUUCCAAUUUACCACAUUCUUGCCGCAUUUGGUGCUCAUGUUAUUCUAGUCAAUAUUGUUACUUGCGUUAGGUUAAACAGUUAAACAUUGUUGAGUCUGUAAAUAAUUGUAGAUCGAGUGUUACUUCUUUGUUGAAUUAAUAAAAAACGAGUAUUUUUCAUUUGUAUGAUGACGUAUUUUAAUGUGAUAAUAUUUGUAUAAUUGUAUACUUUAAUAAAGUGUUGAUUACAAAGGUGA